UUCUCCUUCUAUAAUAACAGGUUCAGCAGCUCCACCGAACAGAGUUGUGCAUCACGCUUGUUGAAGCGUCACCGCCGCAGGCGUAAACAGAGACCACCACGUCUGGAAAGGACCUCAUCGUUCAGCAGUGUGACGGACUCCACCAUGUCCCUGAAUAUAAUCACAGUGACACUAAAUAUGGAGAAAUACAACUUUCUCGGCAUCUCCAUUGUGGGGCAGAGCAACGAGCGCGGCGAUGGCGGGAUCUACAUCGGCUCCAUCAUGAAAGGUGGAGCUGUAGCUGCAGACGGAAGGAUUGAGCCGGGAGACAUGUUACUACAGGUCAAUGAUAUCAAUUUUGAGAAUAUGAGCAAUGAUGAUGCUGUUCGGGUCCUGAGAGACAUUGUCCAUAAACCAGGCGCAGAAUUUUCUCAUGUUCGCCGUCAUGGAGUCUUUCUUCUAUUGAUGAUGAUGAUUUGUGUGUGUGUAGAUGAGCCCAUCCAGCCCAUAGACCCGGCUGCCUGGGUGUCUCAUUCGGCAGCGAUGAGUGGCUCGUACCCGGUGUAUCCUGGCAGCGCAUCGAUGAGCAGCAUGACUUCCAGCACUUCCGUGACGGAGACAGAGCUGUCUCACGCUCUGCCGCCGGUGUCCCUCUUCAGUCUGUCUGUACACACGGAUUUGGCAUCUGUGGUCCGGGCCAUGGCUUCUCCAGAAUCGGGCCUUGAAGUCCGAGACCGAAUGUGGCUGAAGAUUACCAUUCCCAAUGCCUUCCUGGGCUCGGAUGUGGUGGAUUGGCUCUACCACCAUGUGGAGGGUUUCCAGGACCGGCGGGAAGCUCGGAAGUUUGCCAGUAACUUGCUGAAGGCCGGCUUCAUCCGGCACACGGUGAACAAGAUCACGUUCUCGGAGCAAUGCUACUACAUCUUCGGGGACCUCUCCGGCUGCGAGAACUACAUGGCCAAUCUAUCUCUGAAUGACAACGAUGGAUCCAGCGGGGCCUCAGACCAGGAUACUCUGGCUCCUCUUCCUCUUCCUGGAGCGUCACCGUGGCCCCUCCUCCCCACCUUCUCCUACCAGUACCCCGCUCCUCACCCGUACAGCACCCAACCCCCGGCCUACCACGAGCUCUCCUCCUACAGCUAUGGACUGGGAAGUGCCGGGAGCCAGCACAGUGAAGGGAGCCGGAGCAGUGGGUCCACUCGCAGUGAUGGUGGCCGCGGAGUCCAGAAAGAAGAACGAUCUGGCGGAGGGGGCGGAGACUCUAAAUCGGGAUCUGGUAGCGAGUCGGAAUACUCCACCCGUAGUAGCCUGCGGAGGGGCGGAGCCGACAUGGCUCCUCCCAGCGAACGUUCUGCACGAUCUCAGGCUUCUCAUCACUCUCAGCACUCUCAUCACUCCCAUCACCCCCAUCAUCCUUCAACGAUCCAUUCUUACCCCGCCCCCGGGGUCCCCCUCUCCUACAAUCCUAUGAUGCUGAUGAUGAUGCCACCACCUCCACUCCCUCCCCCUUCCUCCUGUCCUCCUUCCUCCUCCGUUCCCCCCGGAGCUCCGCCUCUAGUCCGUGACCUCGCCUCGGUUCCUCCCGAGCUGACCGCCAGCCGCCAGUCCUUCCACAUGGCCAUGGGCAACCCCAGUGAGUUCUUUGUGGAUGUCAUGUGACCUUGCCGUCCGAGGCCG